UUGCAGCACUGUAGAGUUUUAGUGAAUGAUGGCCUGGAUAUGGAGUCGUUGUUCUGGACAACGCUGGGCGUCACUGUCUCCUUUUUCCCUUUGCUGCUGCUUCUCAUCCUGCGGUUUGUGAAGCGACGCUUUGUCUCUCAUAAUGCUGCUAUCAAACUUCUGGUGGUAGCCGGUUCUGGAGGGCACACUACAGAAAUCUUAAGGCUGCUUAACAGCCUUUCCCAAAAAUACUCUCCCAGGCAUUAUGUUUUGGCUGACUCAGAUAAGAUGAGUGAAGAAAAAAUCCGCUGUUUUGAACAAAAAAGAGCUGGAAAAUACUCUGAUUCCUUGUUUACCCUCCAUCGCAUUCCCAGAAGUCGGGAGGUCCGUCAGUCCUGGAGCUCUUCAGUGCUAACAACCGUUCGUUCCGUAUUCUAUUCUCUUCCUUUGGCCUUCAGGCUCAAGCCAGAUUUGGUGCUGUGCAAUGGCCCAGGAACAUGUGUGCCCAUAUGCGUAUCUGCCUUUUUACUCAAGAUACUGGGACUAAAGAAAAUAACAAUUGUGUAUGUUGAGAGCAUCUGCCGUGUUGAAAACCUUUCCUUAUCAGGAAAGAUUCUUUACCGCUUUUCAGAUUACUUCAUUGUCCAAUGGCCUGCUCUAAAAGAAAAAUAUCCCAAGUCUCUCUAUCUUGGGAGAAUAGUGUGACGUGCGAAGAACAAAGACAACUAGUGCCAGUGUGACCUCUAAACAUUUUUAGGACUCUGAAUUUCUUUCCAAUUUCCUGAUUCAUUCAUUCACGAAAAUCAGGCUAGACCUGAUAAUGGUAAAUCAAACAGACUGUAUACAUGUGCCAUCCAAGGUCAUUGGCUGGUACUGUGGGAAUACUGCUACUCUGUUGCUAGUUCCUACUUGAAACCUAUCCUAAAUCUGUGAUGCCAUUUUUUUAAAAAACUUUUCCCCCCGGGUCUAUUUUCUCCCCCCAAAAAUAAAUAAAUUGAAUCGAUUAAUAUGACACCAGUAGAACAGUACUGAUGUGUAUGAAAUGGCAUUAAAAUAUGAAAACAAUGCUUGGUAUUUGAUGUGAACUGAACUAGCAUCUCAGAAUUGGAAAAUUAUUACUACCUCCCCAUGUCUUACUCUUGACUAAACUUUUUUUUCACAUACAACUGCAAGGGUUUGACAACAAUAGUUAAAAUGGUGGUAUACAGUCCCAUUGAGCUUUACAUGGGAAAAGUCAAUUGAGAAAAUGCUAGUUGGAGCAAGUAGAAGUUCUCCCUGCCAAUUGUCCCUCAUUCUGGUGCUGGUUAUCUGAUGCUGGUUGUGUGAGCUGGUUAUCUGGUGCUGGUUGUGUGAGCUCCUGCCAAUCUAGUGAGAGUAGAUUGGUGGGGAGGGAAGAUGAGAGUAUAGGGAGGAGUAGGGCCAUUUCUCUGGAGGUGCUGAGUGCUAAGCAGAAGCACCCUGGGUUGACAGCCCUGGUGGAGGCUGUAACUGGAGGUGUACGUAUGGUGAGGUGGGCUACAGGCUUGGGUAUGGACCAAUUUGGACAGGGGGAAGAGGGAGGCUUUGGUGGGGUGGGGGCAGGCUGUAACAUCCCAGUAGUGAUGGGUAUGGGGAGAUACGGUGGGAGACGAGGGGGCGGACCGCUCACAGGGACCAUGCUAGAGGUAUAUUGUUCCUGUGGCAUGUUCCAGCCCCUCAAGCUCAUUCCCGGGCCCCAGAUAACAGACCUUCAAGGCCUUGGGUUGUUGGCUGCUGCUGCUGAAUGCCAGGUCAGUCUGUAAUAAGGCCACCCUCAUCCAUGACUUGAUCAUGGACGAGAAAGCUGACCUGGCAUGUAUUACGGAGUCCUGGCUGGGAAAGGAAGGGGGAGUUCUCCUUUCUGAGAUACGCCCACCUGGGUUCUGGGUGUGGCACCAGCCAAGAUCCCAGGGUAGGGGCAGUGGAGUGGCAGUGAUCAUCCAAGAGACAUGGGAGGCAUCCAGGGGCACUGCUCCUCAGAUUGCCAGGUGCAAGAACCUAUUUGUUAAGUUAGGCUCUAAGAGAGAUCAGUUAGGACUGUUGCUAUUGUACCAGCCUCCCUGCUGUGGGGCAACCUCCCUGCCUGAGCUUCUUGACUCUGUGGCUGAGUUGGCAGUGGAGUUCCCCAGGCUUAUGGUCUUGGGGGACUUCAAUUUGCCUUCUCUGGGGGCGGGGUCAGAGGUAGAUCAGGAGUUCAUGGCCACCAUAACAGCCAUGGGCCUGUCCCAAGUCAUCCAGGGCCCAGCCUGGUUUUUCUAUCGAAGCAAUGGCAGGGUGUUCUGAAAUUGGGGGAGAUACUAGUUUCUCCUCUGUCAUGGUUAGAUCACUUCCUGGUGAGCCUCCAGUUCUCUGGCGCCACCCUCCUCCACAGGGAGGCUGGGUCUAUUAGAUUGGCCCACCCCAAGCAACUGAUGAAUGCAAUUGGGUUCCAGAGGAAGCUUGGGGUUGUUCUGGAAGAUCUACACGGUCCGGCCGAAGCCUUGGUAGCUACCUGGAAUGGGAGAGCAGCUGCGGUUCUGGACUGGAUUGUGCCUGAGUGGCCACUCCACAUCCAUGGUUCCCAGCACUCUCCAUGCUAUAUGGAGGAGCUAAGGGAGCUGAAGAGGGCUAAGAGACGCCUAGAGCACCACUGGCAAAUGACAAAAAGCAAAUACGAUUGAACGCAAGCUAGAGCCACGAUUAGGGCCUACCUCAUGGCAGUAAGGUGGUGAAAUGUAAUUCUUUCUCCACCCUUAUCACAUUCCAGAUAGCUGCCCAGUGGCCCUGUUUCAGGUGACCCAAACCCUCCUUGUAGGGAGUAAUUCUGGGGUCUAUCUUCAGGGUUGCUGUGAGGAAUAUGCUGAGCGUCUGGUGGAUAAAGUCAGAUUUGCUCUGCGUUGAACUCCAGCCUUGAUGCAGGGCCAGUGGAGGUUACAAGGGCUGAGUCUUGCAUAGUUAUCUGGGAGGAGUUUGAGCCCGUUGAACCUGAGGAAGUGGACAGGGCUCUUGUAACUGUUAGUUCUGCCACUUCUGUGCUAGAUCCGUGCCCCUCCUGGCUGGUCAAGGCUGCCCAGGAGAGGAUGUGCGAUUGGGUCUGGGUGGUGGUUAAUUCCUCUUUGAGGGAGAAGGUGGUCCCACCAGCUCUUAAGGAGGUAGUGGUGUGCCCCUUCCUCAGGGGGCCAUCACUUGACCCAACUAAUCUGGACAGUUUUCAUCCAGUCUCCAAUCUUCCCUUUUUUGGUUUGAGAUGGGCGGCUAUACAAAUAGAAUAAAAUAAAUACCUUCCAGAAUAGGACUGUGUUUUGGAUUCAGAUCAUACAACCUCAUUUCAGAGGCCAAUGCUAUGUUGGGUGUGUGUGUGUGUGUGUGUGUCUUCAUUCUUGUUCUAGCGUAACAAUGCUUGUUUCUUGUGCACAAGCAAUAAAAUAUCUGCUGAAUAUUUUAAGCAUAAAGGGAACAGUCAGAUUAACUUGGCUGCAUGACAGUUUUCACUCUGCAGCUUUUCCAGAACCCCAAACUAUCCGGUAUCCUUUCCUUUUUUCCUUUUGGUCCGUCAGAGUAGCCAUGUGAUUUAAAGUGCACUUUUUAAAGCCUUGCCUUUAAACAAUUGUCUUUAAUUGUUAAAAAAUAAAAAGCUAGUGGAUGUUACAAACAGAUGCAUCAUUUGUUCUCGAAAGAGGCAGAUUCUCCAAGCUAAGCAUUCAUCUUUUUAACAGUGUUAAAUUUCAGAGAACAUACUUCCAUUAGAUAAGCUGCAAGAGUCUUUUGGUGUGCUUGGCAGUCCUAUGUGUAAAUACUUAAAUGAUGGUUAACAAUGCCAAAAAGGGAGUGGGGAUGAGAGAGAAAUGAAAGAAAAAUACCACUUCCUCAGCAAACAUGAGUUUUGUAUAUUUAGGUUUUGUGUAUUUAAUACUUACAGAUACAUUGGGUUAGUACUUGAAAUCCUUUCCCUUAAAUUGGAAGUGGCAUUUAAUAUCAAACACUAUUAAAAAUAAUAGAUUUUGGAGGAGACUGAAUUUUCUGAAAUGUGUUGUAGCUGUUUGAGAUUGUCAGGCAAAUCCUAGUCCUAUAGAUUAUUCUGUGUAUAAAGCACUGUAAACGUAUCAGUCAUUGGCAUACAGCAUUACAUAAGUGAACAGAUUUGGGCUGCAGAAGCACAAACGUUGGAGAAAAUAAUAGAAAGUAAAAAUAAAUGCGUUAUGUCAUCCAUCCAUGAAGCCAAACAAUAGCCUACGGUCUAUUUCUACAAGAGUUUGCUACCAUUUACAUCUGUGAUUCUUUUGAUAGAGCUAGAAAGACAGUUUCAAAGAGGCUGUAGUGUCUGCAGUUUAUGCACGUGAUAAAAUCAAGAUGUGUACUAAAAAAAAAUCUUUUCUAGCAUGCCAACUUGAUGCUGUUGAAUGUUAGUGCAAAAUUGGCAAGGGAAAGAACAUUUUCUGAAGGCAUUCCUUAAUUUGGUUGCAAAGUAAGUUUAAUAUCCCUUGAGAUCUGGUUCAGUUUUUUUGAGCAGCUCAAUUUUCAUUUAACAGAGAAACUGGAAAUUGGCAUAAUUAUGAUGGCAUCAUAAUAACCAAAUUUGACUUGGCAAAGGCUUCUGAUGACACUGGCUUUUUAAUGCAAAAAAUAACAGUAAUACAUUUCCGAAUCUUGUAGAGAAGGAGCAAGGCAGUUUGGCUGAACUGCUCAGAAGUCAGCUAGGGGCCAAUGGUGUAAUUAAAUCUCUUUCCAAGUGUCCCUUGUAGAGUAUCAAGACUGAAGCAAGCAACUCAGUGUUCUCCAGAUGUUGUGGACUUUAGCUCCCAUCAGUUCUCCACUAGCAUGGUCAGUGGGCUGUUUGAUUGGUAGUUCAGUCUGGACUGCACCGUGUUGCAUAUCCCUAAGCUAAACAGAUAAAUUAUAUCCACUAGUGCAUAAACUAAUCCCAUGAGAUUAGGCAAAGUGUUUUUUAAACCUCAGCAUCUAUAGUUUAGAGUUAGCAUCCUACUUUGCAGAGUUGUUGUAAAGACUGCUGCAAUCAUAAAUAUGAAGUAUUUUGAGCACUUUGGAAAUACAUCAUUCAACGAUUAAACAAUAUUCAUUAUCUACUCAUAUUCUUUGAUUCUGUCCUUUCUCCAAGUGAUUCCCAUUUCUUCUUCAAGUCAUUCCAUCAGCUGAGUCCAUAAUGAAUAAAGGUGUCAAUCCUAAGAGCAUCUAUGUGAAGUCAUAUCCCAUUUCAGCUAGUAAGUUUUAGUUUAAAAAGAAGACUUAAUGUGUAAAUGUGUGCUUUGGGUUAGGGAGCUGUUACCACGGGCCGCUCUUGAUAAAAGCUAAGCAGGGUUGGACCUAAUUAGUACUUGGAUGGGAGGCCACCAGGGAACCCCAGAGUUACACACUAUGUGGGAAAUCAAAUAUCCUAGAAGGCAGCCAUGACAAAGAGCAUCCAUAUUGUUUCCAAGAAAACAACAUACAUGUGUCCAUGUGGUAACCAGGACUCAAAUUAGACUCAAGGGAAUUUUUCACCUUUUUAACCAAUAAGAGUUCACAGAUUUAUUUGAUGGCAUAUGUAUCCCAGUCCAAUGCAUACUUCUAUGGAAAUAUGUUUCCUUUGGCUUAAGUAGAAUUUAUUUUCAAAUAUGUAUAC